AUUUCUUCUUCUUCUUAUUAUUAUUAUUAUUAUUAUUAUUCAAAUGGAAAAUACCUUGCUAUCAAAGAGGCCAAGAGAAGAAGAAGAAGAAGAUGUAAUAAUAACAACAGAUUCAUCAAAGAGGCACAAGCCAUAUAAUCACAUACUCUCUGUUCUUGAAUCAGAUGAAUUAUUAGUAGAUUAUGAUUCCUCACAAGAAGACCUCUCUCCUCUCAUCACAACUCUCCAACACGAAAUCACUGCUUCUCCCUCUCAACACAAUAAUAACAGUAACAAUAACAAUAAUAAUGAUAAUAAAAUUACUACAACUACUCUAGAAGAAGAUGAAAGAGUUGAGAGUGUGAUGAGACACCUUCUGGAAGCUUCUGAUGACGAGCUUGGGAUUCCAAACAGUGGUGGUGGACCUGAAUUACAGGAAGCUGCAGGGUCGUCAUCUUCGGUGGAGGAUUUUGGUGAAUAUAAUAAUGGAGACGACGACAACAACAACAUGUUUUCAUCAUCAUCAAUAUUAUGCGGUGAUGAUGAUGGGUUAUUAUUAUGGGAGCAUCAAGAUGAGACUGCUAACUACUAUGCUUUCUUGCAUUCUGAUCAACUCUUUCUGUAAUAUAAGUUCUUAUUAUUAAUAUUAUUGUUAUUGUUGUGGUUAUUAA